AUGGUCGGCAUUCUCAAGCCGAGACGAUCUCUUAGGCUCAAAGAUGUGAAGAAAGUUCAUUACGACGAGUCCAGUGACGCCGGCUCUGUGCCCGAUCUAGAGCUCAAGCCUAAGCAUGUCAAACGGAAAAUAAAAUCAUCAGACGACGAAGACGGCUAUGAGCCGGACCGUGAGGCCACGCCGGUGGAUGGGAGUACCCCAAAUCGGAGAGUGAAACGCAAGGUCUGCAUGUCGGACGACGCACGACAGCGAGCUGUCGACAAGUCUCCGAACAAAGGCGCCUGCAUUCUAUCGAGGCUCAAUGACAGGACAGUCCAAUUUUGCCACGUACUUCCACGAGCCACAGACUCGUCAGUGCUCGCGUCUCUGGAGUGGUGGUGGGGUCUGACAAAAACACUAAACGUGGACUCCCAUCAUAAUGUGGCUUUCCGUGCGUCUCCCUUCCCUGAGGCAUCCAGAUACGCAUGGGCUUACUUGCAUACAGUCCGUGGAGAUCUGCACGUACUGUGGGAUCGUGGAGACCUAUUCAUCGCUCCGAUGCCUAAUGUGGUCAUGAGGCUGCUGGAUAAGUUCACGGAUAGCGGCAGAUACAAGAUUUGGGAGGUCCUCGAAGAAGAGAAAUUUUACAGCUACUCUGUGGUCCCUCAUCCAGCCCUUGCAAAUAGUCAAACCCGAGAAGGGUUCGCCUGCAGAUUCGACACGAUCGAAUGUGUCCAGUCGCAGGCAAAGCCACACUUCAUGAUAUUGAACGCUGUCAUGAAGAUCAAGGAGAACAAGAAGCUGUGGGUAAAAGUUCUAGAGGCGUUCUACAAGAGGAUCAAUCUCAAGGCCGAUGCAUCCCGUGUUGUGGAGGGUAUGGUGACAUUGGGUGACUUGUGGACUGCACCACUACCCUGGGAUGCACAGUUGAUAAGGAACGAGGAUGAGCCGCAGGAGGUAGAGGACGAGCAACAGGAGGUAGAGGAUGAGCAACAGGAAGCGGAGGAUGAGCCCAGUCUUCCCAUAGUCAUUCCGACAGGCAUACCAAGGACGCCUGAACAGCCGAAAGCUGUCAUUGGUCCAGGAGGCCUUGUCCAGGAUAUAGGCCGCGAAUCGAAGACCCCCGAGCCCGAAGACGUACCGUGCUAUAGCAACCUGAAGUCGUGCGCUGCCCAAUUGGCGCCCACUGGUCCACGGUGCCUGCUCAGUCUGCAAGAUGACAAGUCCAUUCAGUGCUGCCACGUCGUCGCGCGAAGCACUACACACACAACGCGUAAAAACCUUGCAGCAUGGUGGGGGCUUGUUGAUUUCGACAUCAACACGCCUUUCAACAUCUUCCUAUUGAGAGCCGAUGUUCACUCCAUGUGGGAUCAAGGCGAUCUGCUGUUCAUGCCUGAACCUGAGGUCAUCAAGAAGUAUCUCGCACCAUCUAUUGUCCCCAUAGAUGUAGGCAUGUCGCUGGACGAGCCAUUUGAAGUGUGCGAUGGCCCCAUCCACAAAUACUGCGUUGUUGCCCACCGCGACGUUCCCGACACAGACAAGAGCUGUGCUUUCCGAAGGGAAUUCAAGACCGUGGGCUACGUGUAUUCCCGUGUUCCUCCCCAAUUCGCUACAUACAACGCCGGCUUGGCGCUGUCGAAGGGUGCCGGACCAGCUGAUUUCGUAAUGGCUUUAGACGCCUUCUACAAGGAGCACAAGACGGCACGCCGCGUGUACUUGGCAUGCAUCGCACUGCCCGUCGUCGCAAGUGAUAAUCUCGAACAGAACUCCACAUAUUACUCGGUCGAUGCUGGGUCAGAGAUAUACAACCAUACAGUUGUCCAUGUAUUUCCUUUAUUCAAUGUCUACGAGAGAUGGUUUACGGCGAAUACGGAGCGCGCUGAUGGCGAAUGUGAGACCCGGACAGAGAGGGCUGUGUGUCAUAUAUCGGCGUGGAGGACAAACUUGGGCAGUUCCGAGUCCUCAAUCACGCCUGUCAAAACCGAGCGCUUCCUGCUUCAUUUUACGGCGAACGCCCAUCUUCUCGCGCACACUGUCGAGCGCGUGUUUCGGUGGCAGCGCUUCCACCAUGACCGGAACAAAGUGCCCGCGUUCACUUCGUUCCUGAGCGAGGACUUCGCCGCGUUCCGCGACGCGGAAACCCGCGCUACGAACCUCCUCAUCUUAUGGGAGGAGCGCGGCCUCGCUCUUGGUACCUCACCUCCCCCUGCUCUGUCCCCCGCCGCCGGUCACACGGCGUGA